CCCUGUUUUGCUGAUUUUGGUGUCAAAGAAAGUUGAGUAUCUUGACUGGAAUCAUCAAUUAUUGCUACUUUCUUCUUUCUUCCUCUUUUAGGCUUUACAGAAUCACAACUUUCUUCAUCAACUAUAAUUGGUUUGGAAUUUUCAAGAAUCUUCUUUUUUCUACCUCUUUUAGGUUUUACUGAAUCAUUUGAAGCAGUAUCUUCACAUAAAACAUUUGUUUCUUCAGCAGGAUUUUCUGGUGCCAGAAGGGGGUCUUCCUUUUUCUUUUUGGGUGAUUUUUUGUUAAGUCUUGAUUUUUUAGUUUUUUUGGAUUUUUUUGGUGUAAACAUUUUAACUUUGAAUAUUUCAUUUGGCGUUUCCUCAACAACUUCUAUUUCUUUUUCAGUUUUUUUAAUGGUACCUAAGAAACUGAGCAAGUUUCCAGAACUUUUGCUACUUUCUUCAAUACCUUCUGAAUCAUCCGAUUCAGAUAUUCUCCUGGUGUUUCUUUUUCUUUUAUUUGCUGGUGUCUCUUCACUUUCAUCCAACUGCAGCAAAUUCUUCAGCCUUUUGGCCCUUUUUUGCAUUUGGUGGUCUAUAAAAAUUUCCUUCUCUUCUUCUUGCCGUUUCCUCUUUGAGGCGCCUUUUAUUUCUGCCCAUGAUUCUAAAAGGCUCUUUCUAGCUUUCAAUUUUUCCUUACAUUCUGUACUUGGUGACAAUUCUUCCUUUUCUUUACCAGAAGAGUUCAUCCCAAUACUUAGUUUCCUUGACUCCAUUAUAAAUUGAAAAGCAUUCUUUUUUGGUGAUAAUUCUUCCUGAUCUUCUAUAAUUACAGGGUUUUCUUCAAUUACACUUGUAGCUUCCUUAAUUUUUUCUGCUAUUUCAGUAACAUUUUCACUGAAGCUGCCGUUGGGGGAAAUAAGGUUUAAACUAUUGGAUAGUAGUUCGGUAAUAUUUUUUACAGCUGGAUCCGAGUGUUUUCUACCAACUUUCUUCUUUCUACCACGUUUUUUGCCUUUAUAUGUUUUCACAGGCUCCAUGUUAACAUUUAAUCCACUUUUUUCAUCUUCAAUGUUUAUGUCUGUAUUUUCUUUGCUACUGCCGCUAUUUCUUUUAUCCGUUUUGUCCUCUGCCGUAUCCACCAACACCACAUCUUCCUUAAUUAUUGCAUUUUCCUCUUCUUCAUUAUUUAAACUCGUUUUUUUAUUUUUUCCAGUUGGACUCACAAAAUAAUGGGUCAAAUCUUUCAUGUUAUAAAACGAAUUAUUUAAAACAUAAUAAAAAUGUGAUUUGUCAUCACAAAAUAUUGAAUAUCACGAAUAAUUAUUGUAUAAAUAAAAUUCCACAACAAACAAGCUGCGCGCCAAAAAUUUGUUUCUGUCAUUUGAAGGUUAUGUUCUGGUGUCUAAGGUAACAAACGUCUGUUUAUUAAAUUAUUCGUUCAUAAAGCAAUUUAAAAAAAAAUAUUAUCAUUUUGCAGCAGUAAUAAUUAUAAAUUUAUUUGCAUUUGGUAUUGGUAAAGCACCAGAAAAUCUAGAAACGUCAAAACAAGAAAGUUGUCAAAGAUUUUUAAGAUUUUUUUUUACAAAAGACAGCGAUAUCGAAUAUCGAAGAAACCAAUUAAGCAGUGUUAUUCUAUUGAUUUCAAUAUUUUAUUAAUUUCAACUAUGGUGCUGAUUUUUGUAAAUUUCUAGCGUGUUUUAUAGGGCAAACAGGACAAAAAUGGACUCGGAACUUAGUAAUAACAGCGACAUAUGCAGAGUAUGUCGAUCGGAAGGUCAGGCAGACAGACCUCUAUUCCAUCCAUGUAUCUGUACUGGUAGUAUUAAGUGGAUCCACCAGGAAUGCCUGAUGCAAUGGAUGAGGUACUCUCGAAAAGAAUACUGCGAGCUAUGCGGGCACAGGUUUUCUUUCACCCCCAUAUAUUCACCGGAUAUGCCCAGAAGACUGCCUCUGAAGGAUUUGGCAGGGGGUUUGGUCAAUUCUGUGGCUACAGCUGUUAAAUAUUGGUUCCACUAUACUUUGGUGGCAAUAGCAUGGCUCGGAGUGGUGCCCCUUACAGCUUGUAGAAUAUAUAGAUCUUUAUUUACCGGCACUCUGGACGCCAUCUUGACGCUCCCCUUCGAAAUGCUGUCGACGGAAAACAUCGUGUCGGACAUUUUUCAAGGUUGCUUCGUGGUCACGUGCACCUUGUUCGCGUUCGCCGGCCUGGUGUGGCUCAGGGAGCAGAUCCUGCACGGAGGCGGCAACCCCGAAUGGUUGCCCAGAGAAAACGGCAACGCCGCCGGCCAGGGCAACGACGACCCUCCGGCCAGGGUCUUGGACAACAUUCCGGAAGAAAACGCGGCCGAGGUGGAGGAGAACGUGCAGGAGCCGAUUCAAGAUGCCGCGGCUGUCGACGAUAAUCAGGCGGAGGGAGACGGCAACGUCGGCGAGGAUAACAACUGGAUCCCCAUGGAGUGGGACAGGGCCGCCGAAGAGAUAACCUGGGAGCGUUUGUUGGGCCUGGACGGGUCCCUGAUGUUUCUCGAGCACGUUUUCUGGGUGAUCUCCCUGAACACGCUCUUCAUUCUAAUUUUCGCUUACGCUCCCUACCACUUCGGAGUUCUGACGGUGUCGCUUUUCAACGUCAAGGAGGCGGAGUUCACCAGCCACUUUGACGGGUUGCUGACCACCUUGGUGGGCUAUUGCACCGUCGGUUUGUUGUUUUUGUUCUUCCACAGGGUCGCGUCCAUGUUGAGCUUCAACAAAACGAAAAGGGUCCUGGGUCUGUGCUUUUUGGUGGUGAAAGUUUCUCUGCUGUCUGUUCUGGAGAUCGGAAUUUUACCUUUGGUGUGCGGUUGGUGGUUGGAUAUUUGUUCUUUAGCUAUGUUCGAUGCGACGUUGAAAGAUCGCGAGGCUAGCUACAAAACGGCUCCCGGUACUUCCAUAUUCAUCCACUGGUUGAUAGGGAUGGUCUACGUGUACUAUUUCGCUUCUUUCGUGCUCUUACUGCGCGAGAUUCUGCGUCCGGGGGUUUUAUGGUUUCUGCGCAACUUCAAUGACCCCGACUUCAGCCCCAUCCAGGAGAUGAUCCACUUGCCCAUCCUGGAGCACACCAGGAAGCUCUUGAUUUCGGCCGUGAUCUUCGGCAGCGCGGUGCUGCUGAUGCUCUGGUUGCCCAUCAGGCUUUUGAAGUGGCUUCUGCCCACCUUUCUGCCCUACAGGGUCUCUCUCAACGACGAAACGCAAAUCAACGAGCUCUCUCUCGAGCUUCUGCUGCUGCAGGUCAUCUUGCCCGCCCUCCUCGAGCAAUCGCACACCAGGAUCUGGUUGAAGGGUCUGGUGCGAAAUUGGUGCCGAGUCGUUUCGUGGAUCCUCAACAUCCAUUCUUACUUGCUCGGCGACGAGACCGUCAAAACCGGCCAGGACAACGCGCAGAACGCGAAUGGGCAGGCGCAGAACCAAGUGCCGGAGCCUGGAGCCGGCUUGGGGGCCGUCCACCAAGCCUUGCACAUGAUGGAACCGCCAACAGGUUACAUUCCAUACGAGCGGCCUUCGUUCUUCAUAGCGCGUCUGUUCGGUCUUUUGAUAGCCAUCUGCGUAUCGCUGAUAGCCACCAGUCUUAUAGCACUCACUUACCCCGUGUGGCUCGGCAGGAGCGUGAUGGCCCUGUGGUUGGUCGGCGCCCCCCCACCUGGGCCGCAACUGACAGCCACCGAGGCCCAAACGGAGGUCAAAGUGCACGAAUUGUACACAGCCGCGUGUGGGCUUUACCUUUGCUGGUUGAAAGCUAGGGCCAUAACUUUGGUGUUGGGAUGGCUGCCUCAAGGUAGGACAGCGAUGAUUGAGCGACUGCGCCAUUGGUGCAUAUUGGGUUUAAAAACCAUUGUGGCCAGUACCAUUUUGCUUGGCGUUAUACCACUAUUAUUUGGUUUGCUACUGGAAUUGGUGGUGAUAAUUCCAUUGAGAGUGCCAAUUCACCAAACACCGAUACUGUUUAUUUGGCAGGACUGGGCUUUGGGUGUGCUGUACACGAAAAUAGCCUGCGCUUUAACCAUGAUGGGUCCAGAUUGGUUUAUACGUAACGCCAUCGAUAGAGCGUACCGAGACGGAAUUAGGGAUAUGAAUUUGGGCUUCAUUUUCAAGGAAUUGGCCGCUCCAGUCAUAAUGAGUUUCGGUCUGGCUUUAGCCGUGCCAUACAUUCUAGCGUACUCCAUAAUUCCCCUAUUCGUGACCAAUCUGCAACUCCGCAACCUCAUAGCCCGCCGCUUAUACCCUUUCCUGUUGCUGGUUGUGAUAGUAGUAGAAAUAGUCACCUUUCAAAUUCGGCAGUUUAAAAAGCUAUACGAACACAUCAAGAACGACAAAUAUUUGGUCGGGCAACGACUAGUCAACUACGAUCACCACCGCAAGAAAACGACCUCCUAAGAUGUUAUAGUUACAUUAACGUAUUCUGAUAUAUAUAAAUUUAACGUACUUGGAGUAAAGGCUGAAUUAAAAAACUUCAAAAGUCGAUGGGGAAUGAAAAAUCUAAAUUUUGUUGAGCAUUUACUCUAUGAUUUCGUUGUAAAGAGAACAAUUCAUUGUAAGCUUGUAUCAAGUUUAAAAAACUGACUGAAUUUUACUGAUUUGUUUUACUCCUGUUUUCAUUUCAAUGACUAACGAAAAUAAUGUUAAAAAACCAAACAUAAAUAUUUCUAGUAAACAGCUUUUCACUGCACAUUCUUUUAAGUACUUUUAAUUUAAAUAUUUAUUAGUAAUAGGGUUGGGAUAUUUUUGUUUGUGGAAUGGUUUUCAUAUAAUUUUUAUUUCAAUAAAUUUUAUAAUUAUUCCACAUACAACUUUGUAAGCAAGUUUGGAUAGUACUUUAUGUUGGUACAAUAUACAAUAUUUUUUUUAUAAAUUUUGGUCAUGCUGCAAAGUAAUAGUUUACCUAAUAUAAAAUGUGUAAGUAUUCAUAAUAUUUAUAGCUAUUGUACUCAUUUUCAGUCGUUAAAUUUGUACUAUUUUGACCAAUUAUAGGUACCUAUAUGUUUUCAAUUGUACAGAAAUUAUUUUUAAUUUAAUUCUGAAUUAAUUAAAAUUAGUUUAAAAACGCCUGUUAUUAUUAGUUGGGCGGAUAUUUUGUUAUAAAAGGAUAAUUUAUUUUAUUGUUUCCAAUAUAUCUUAUUUUGAAAUAUAAAAGUUUUUAAUUAUACCUCUUUAAAUUAAUCGACGCAUUUUUACAUGGAAAUAGUAGGUAAAGUUAUUUUUUUUAUCUGGACUGUGGCAACGUUGCAAAUUUAGGGGUUUGGUUGGUAAAUACGGAACCAAAAUUGGCUGCAUUGAUUAAAACAAAUUAGCUGUGUAGCCAAAUUUAACGGAUCGACAUAAUUUUUUGCAUGGAAAUAGUAUUUGGGCCGGAGACUACUUUUUUUAGUUAGCUGGUUUAAAAUUAAAAAAACACGAUUAUAAAACAUAUGAUUUUAACAUAAUUAUUAUAAAAAUAUUUAAGAACUUAAUUUUAACAUUCUUCAGUAACGAUUAUCACAGUUCACUUCUUUUUGGCCUGAGCUAAAAAAUAACAACAAAUAAUUCACUUUCACGAAAUAUUCAUGCAACUUACAAUUCACAAGGCAAACUUCCACAUUUGCUCCAAAAGUUAAAAGGUGCUGAAUCCAGACUUUCUGGUUUGUUUGAAGUUUAUCCCCAUAACCUUUAACCUCCACCAUUUUGUGCUGAAAACGUCGGAAAGAACAAAAUAAAUCGCUUUCGAGGGUAGCCGUAUAUACACACCCUUUUUCCAGCGGUGUCCCACAUGAGCAAGUCGGGCAUCCCGCUUUUGAACUCGCCAAAACUCUGCGCGAACCGGGCGUAAAUUUUUGCCAGCACGCCCCUGGGAACGCACAGCAAAAUCGUGCUUAAAAUGUCGGGAUCUUCCACGAUCCUCGCGAGACUGCAAAACGAGUGCCUGUGCGAGUUUUUCUCCCACGAUUUCAGCAGAAAAUCCAAGGCCUCCUCGUCGGUCCACGCCGACUCGAUUUGCUUUAGUCUCUCGUCGAUGACGUCUCUACGAUUCUCGUAGAAUUUAAUCGAGUAGAAGUCCAACGGUACCGUUUGGUACUUUGAGAUGAACGUGCCGGGGACGUGGUGCUCGUAGAUUAAGUCCCAAAAAAAUAGGCAGUAAGUGGCUUGAAAUAGGUAGCCUUCGCAAUGAGCACCGUCUUCAUAGUACUCAUUAUCGAUGUAGUGGCGCCGGGCUACAUCUUCCACCCCCAUGAAAUUUCGGGAACCGUCCAGGUUGUUCAUAAAGUAGUCCCUCUUUUUU